UGGUAACAGAGGAGAUAUUCUUGUUUAAAUACGUGAUAAUUUUAAGGACAUUGUAGUUGUGAUGUGAAAGGACUGGUAAAAAAUGUCGAUGGUCGAAGAGUCGCCAUUGAAAUUUUCGUUAUCCACGGAGUCAUUGUAGAGUUGUGCAGUGUUCAGGGUAUAUGGCAUAAUAACUGUCAUCGUUACAGAUAUUCGUCGUGACUUCGAUCCAGAACUCUUCCUGAUGUAGUUCAUAAAUAUGUGGUGGUUCUCAUUGAAAUACCAUUACCAAAUAUCUUUCUCCUAGAUUUCGUAAUGAAGUUUUGAUGUUGUAAACAAAUCGUGUAUUGUGUAUGAUAGCUGUUUUGAUUUGCUCCUGAUAUAUGCCUAGAGUGCUAAGUGUUUGCAAUGGCUCAAUUUUACCAGAUUGUAGGACAAGGGCCAUCGCUAACAUUAGAAGAUUUACAAAGAUACUGUCCAAAUAUAUGCUUGGAUGGUAUUAUAGUUAACCAAGAUGAACAACAGUAUGCUCAACAGCAGGUUGUGGUGCAACAAGCAGACCAGCCUAAUGAUAUCAUAGUUAGUGAAGGAGUACAACAACAACUGGUUGUUGGGGAUGGAUUACAGUAUCAGCAGCAAUAUAUCAUCCGACAUGAGCCACCUCCACCACCUCCACCUGGGCCGGAAUUUCAGCAACAACAGACACAACAGCAAACUCAACAUCAGCAGGCCUUACACAGACACCAGGUUUACUACACCUCUGAUUUACCUGUGGAUGCUCAGGUUGUAUUGCAACAGGCCCAACAGAUCAUUGAUGCAUCUUUGCAAACACAAAUGCAACAGGCAUCUCCACAACGCCCACAACAUUUGGUGAGUCCAGCGCAUGUGCUAUCUCAACCAACUGUGAUACAUCCUGGCCAGCAACCACCUCCACAGCCGCCGCCUCCUCCACCGCCACCGCCGCCACCGCAACAUACUCCACAACAGACACAGCAACAACAACAGAUGUCGCGGGCAUCACCGCAGCUCAUUCAACAUCUACAACAGCAACACCAGCAACAGCUACACUUGCAACAGCAGUUGCAGCAACAACAACUGCAACACCAACUGCAGCAGCAGCAACAUCAACACAUGCAGUCCCAACAGAUACCGCACCAACAAGUUGUAAUGCAUGCGGCUUACAUUAAUCAAACUGGGACGCCUACAAGGCAGGCACCGCCAAGAUUACUGAAUCAGGCCCUCGCUAACCCUGGCAGUGUGACUCUUGUAAGAACCCCAGUACGGACUGUGAGACCGCGCCGACCUGCGGCCCGAUCGCCUAUGGCGGCCUCGCCUAUGCAAGCUCCUACUAGGCUACUGAAUCCCCAGAUUCCACAGUCUCAAGUGGGCAGUCCUGUAGUGGGCGUGGGUGUGAACUCGGGCGCGAUCCGCGGCAGCGUAGCGGGCGCAGGGCGUGGCGCGGGCGCCGGUGUGACGGCGGGCGGGGCACGGAGCGGCGCCGCUCGCACACCGCGGCCCGCCUCGCCGCGCGUGCUCAACUCGCACGCGGCGCACGCGCAACACCGCCCGCCCCGCCCGCGCACGCCGCUCCUACAGCAACCACAGCACCAGUUGCAGCCACAAGUUUUGAGUCAGCAAGUCCACCAGCAGCAGUUAAAUCAACUGAAACUUGCUUCUCAUCAGCAACAAAUACUCAUCAGCCAACAGAACCAAAAUCACCCCACCCGUAUCAUUACACAACAAGGCACAAUAGUAAACACACAAAACUUAACACAGCAAUUGGCACAGCACGCAGUGGCUCAGACGAGUCAGAAUAACGGCCCAAUGCCACAACAGAAUACGCUUGCGGUCCAACAGAGAGCUUCUCCGCACCCGCAACAAGUACAGCAGCAAGUAAAAAAGGUCGUAGUUCAACCAAACAACGCCAACGACAUGGACGACUUAGAAGAGAGUAUCACUGCGGCGAUAUUAACAAAGCACACAGUUAACGAGAACAUGAACUCGCCCCAACAGUUCCAUACACCACCGCCACCUCUUAGACAAUCCCACCCCGGAACACCCGUUCCUCAGCAACACCAACAAUUAACCUUCAGCUCCCAACAAAAUUAUCAACAGCAACAAGUUGCGUAUGACCAAAGCCAUAUACAGCAACAUCCGCAGACCCUAAGCCAGUUGUUAAUGGAACCCGAUUCCCUGGAGGAAGAAAGGCAAGUGGUCACUCUGACGAAUGGACAGAGAAUAACAUUGGCUGAAUACAAACGAAUGCAGCAACCUGCGCGUACAGCAGUGCAGCAGCAAGUCAGGGAAACGGGGAGGCAAACCUUAGUUAGAAGUAAAGAGCAGCCAAGACCUGUCCAAAGAGUUACACCUAUGCAAACACAACCAGCGCUACAACAUGACAACAAUGAAGUUCCUAGUGGGCCUUCGGAACAACAGUCGGAGCCACAAUCAGCUAAAAUGUUAAUUUUCCUUCAAAACGGUGAGCAGAGGCUAAUAACUUUCACACUCCCUAAAGAAAGUUGUACUCUUCAAGAAGUUCUAGAACAGGUCAAUGUUCCAUUCUCUGAAGACACACAUAUACAAUGUAUGCAAAAUACAAGUAGUGAAAUAGAUUAUUUUGUCUCUGUUGGCUCAACCACCAGAAUUGAAGAAAUGUUAGAAAACCAUCCAAUGCUGGUUGGCGAUUUAAGUAGUAGAAGUUCCCCAAGUGUUAUGCCACAACAACAGAGUAGUGAAAUGUCGACACCGGAGAAAUCCUCCUGUCCUGAUAAUGUAAGCAACAGUCCCGAAUCUCCGGGCCAGCGCUCGCCGCCGCCGCGCUACGUGGACGGCAUGCUGGCUCUGUGCAAGUCCUGCGGUUACACAGGAUUCGACUUUAGCCGGUGUCAGAGAUGUAAGCGAGUUUUCACUGAAGAACCUAAAAGUGUUCCAAUAGCAAGUAAGAAAGCAGAACAAAAGAAAAAGGAACCUGAAAAAACGACUGUAGAAAAACCAAACAUUUGUGGUGAAGGUAUUAAAUUAAAUUUGUUAAAAACUACAAUGAAGACUGUAAAUAAUAAAACUCCUGUCCAGGAGAAAAAGCAACCAAGGGUAAGAAAACCACGUGGGAAGCAGCCUGAUCCUGAACCGGUCAUACUAACGUUAAGUUCCGACGAAGAGGAUUCUAAUAGCUCUAUGUUAAGUAAUCAGCAUGAACACUCAAUAAGCAUGAAAGAGCCGUCUCUAAGCGAAAUCGAAGGGGGCACACCAGAUAGUGGCAUUGGAAUGGAUCAUGAUGAUCAUAGUAGAGAUGAAAUUUUACCAGCACUUCCAGGAAUUGUCACGUCUCUUAACUGUAGAACAAUCCGGAUUGGAUCUUACAGAUAUACACCAAAAGAAAAGGUAUACAUAUCACAUAAGGGUAUUAAAAUUGUUGCACCAUCAUUGAAAAAUGAAAGUAAAGAUGUAGCUCUUCAAAUACAAUUAAAAGAAGUUGUAAGAAUAUUGGUACAUUUUGGCAAAGGUUUACCAAUUAUUUUUUUGUACACAAUGAGCAAAUGUGGAGCUUAUAUAAGAAAAGUUCUUGAUAUGUCUGAGGAUUCAGGCCCAUAUUACAAUCCAAUGUCAAAAAUUGAUCCAUAUAAAAGAAUAACACUUUUACCUGAUGCAAUAUCAGAAGAAGCAAAAGUGACCUUUAAAUCGUUAUUUGGUAAAGUGAUGGACGAGUUGAAUGCGAGAGAAGCCAACGACAUUUUGGUUAGGACGUGUCCAAAAGAAAGUAACAAUGUGACAAAAAUGGCAACCAGAUCACUCAGUGCUUCCAGUACAUCCGGAGCUAAGAGCUCCAACCCGGCUGAAAUAAGACAGAUAUUGAUAUAUCCUCCUGGAAAAGGAGGAAUUCCUAUAAACACAGAAGAUUAUAUGUGCCUAGCUCAAGAUCAAUUUUUGAACGAUGUUAUUAUUGAUUUCUACUUAAAACACUUGGUUCAUGAUGUUUUAACACCAAGCCAGAGAGAGAAGACUCAUAUAUUUAGCACAUUCUUUUAUAAAAGGCUCACAACUAAACCUAGUAAAGUAAAUAAAAGUUCAAAUCCACAUGAAUGGGAUAGCAGUUUGACUCCGGCUCAGAAACGACACGCACGAGUAAAAACAUGGACAAAAAAUGUGAAUAUAUUCGAUAAAGACUACAUCGUAGUUCCUAUUAACGAGAAUUGUCACUGGUUUGUGGCAAUAAUUUGCUUUCCAAGCCAAGAUGGCUGUAGGAGCAUGAUAGAUAACAGAACAGUAACCCCACAAGAAAUCAAAAAGAGAGAACGGAGGUCAUCUAUGCAAAUCGGAAACACAACAAUCACACCAUUAACAAAACAGGAGCAGCUUACAUUAAGUUGCGAUUCUGAUAACCUCAGUGAACGAGAUGAGGCUGAAGCAGAGGAAAGUGAUUUAGAUAUGCAAUGUGAUACUGAUGAAGAGGAUGCAGAGAAAACCGUUGUUGAAAAGAAACCUGACAUACCGAUUGUAGGAAAAACGGAACCCAUAAAACAACCAUGUAUUUUGAUAUUCGACUCACUAGCGGGAGCGUCGAGGUCCAGGGUGGUAGCGACGUUACGUGACUACUUGACGUGCGAGUUUCAAGCAAAAAUAUCUCAACAUAAGAUAUUCAAUAAAGACAAUAUAAAAGGUAGUUGUCCAAAAAUACCUCAACAAAACAAUUUUACGGAUUGUGGCUUAUACUUGUUGCAGUAUGUUGAGCAUUUUUUUAAGCAUCCUAUUUUAGAUUAUUCUCUGCCCAUUAAACAGCUCGCAAAUUGGUUUGAUGAAAUAGUAGUCACAAGAAAAAGAGAAGAGAUCUCAAUAUUACUCAAAACUCUGAUGCAUAAAUAUAACCCAGAAUCGCAUUUGACUUUACCUGAUAUUACAUUCCCUACUUUAAAUGGUAAAUUAAUAGAAACUGAAGAUCAGCAAGAAGAAGGAUCUGAUGGAGAUAAAGGAAACUCAAGCAAAUCUAACAAAACAGAUGGGAAAGACUCAGACGCACCAACAUUAACAUUUGUUAAACAAAUUCCUGUGGGCGAUAUAUUAGUUAAACGUAAUUUCGCAGACUCUACGGACACUAUACAUUUACGGAAAACAAUCCGGCUCUCGAGUGACGCUGAACACAGAUCCAUGGUGCAAAUUAAACAAGAAUUUCUAAAGAAAGGGGACAAUGAAAAUCAAAUAUUAAUACCAAUUAAAUUACAUACUAGUGACCUGGUUAAAGACAUUCAAAAUACGUUAAUAGUUAAUAAAAAUAAUAAAACAAUUGGUGAUAAAAAACAUGGUGUACAUAAUCAAAAUAUCACUGGCUUGAACUGUAAUCGGCAGAAUGUUAGUGAAAGUGAUAGUAAUUCAUUUCUUAAAUCUCGGAGAGUGAAUAAACUUGAAGACGUUAUGAAUGAAUCAAAUAAUAAAAAAUUCAAACGCAAUGAGUGUUGAAACAUGCUGUUGCCUGUCCAUAUAACAUGUCUAUUAAAUUAUUACUAAUUCAAUGAAGUGUAUAGUUGUUUCAUGGACUUGUAAAUAUUAGUUAAUGCUAACCUGUAUUUAAUACCUAUUUUAUAAAAAUAAUGUAAAGUUUAAAAUUUUACUUAUGUAUAAUAUUAGCUUCCACAAAUACAAGAAAGUAAUUAUAAGAACGACUUUAUCUUUUCUUUCUUUAUACAUUUUUUAAUAGAAUUUGAAAUAUGUAGUCAACAUUUGAAUUUCCUUGGCAAUUUUAGUCUUGAUGUUAUCACCAUUUUUAGUUCUGAAGGAAUAUGGUGGCUUCGCCACACAGAUUUGUGUGUACGAAAAGCCACGUGAUGUGCUGGCAAACAUUCUUUGUUACUAUUGGAUGCAUCUGAAUGUUAUGCCAGCACAUCCCGGGGGAUUUUCGUAAUAUUUAGCUAGACAACUGUCUCCUUUUUUAUUCUCUAGGAAUGGUAAGGGUACACUGUUAUGAAUUUAACAAAUAGUAAAUACGAAUAGCUCUGUGAAACGUUGGCGUAAAAUUGUUAACAAUAUUAAAGACUUCGAUUCACCACCAACGCUCAAAAUAUGACCUAAUAAAGAAGUGCUUGAAAACCGAUUAAGCACUACUUUGUUCAUAGUCAAUAUGCUGAAGAACUCCGUGAAAAAAUGCGAAUAAAUUUCGCUAUACAUAGCUUGGGAGCCGGUAGCAGUAAUUUUUAUGAUUUCAUGGUCUGGCAGAGAGGUUGAUAAUAUUAGAGAACUAAGUAAAAUAAUCAUUUUAAACAAUUCUGCCAUUCAUUAAUUGCUGUAAUAUCAAAUAGGAGCUUGCUAAAAAUGUUAUUUAUGCAAUGUUGUAUAAUGAGGGGUAUUGUAACACGAAUGUGUGUUUAUGUUAUUAGUACCACACAAGUGUUUUAAUACCUUAAUUAUGAACAGUUCUCUACAAGACUCCAUCCACAGCCAUGAUAUGAAUCCUCUAUAAAAGAUUCUGAAACCAUAGGGCGUUCUAAGAACUUAAAAUUCAUCAAAUGUUUGGUUUGGUUUUGACGCUGUGGUAGUGAAACAAGCAUCAAU